GCUUUUUUCCACGAGUCGAGCAAGCGAGUGGGCGUCCAUUUUCCUUCGCCAUAUUGAAUUUGGUCGGACAUCUUUGGACGCCAUGUUUAGUCGGACAUAUUUUAUAAACAUUUUCGCGUAAAUUUCAAAUAUUUUCGGACACUAAUUAUUAAACUUUUUUUCACUGAAGUGUAUAGUAUUGAUUGCAGUGAAAAUUGUCCGGAAAAAUUCUGUGCCUACGCAACAGCCCAUAUUUGUCUCCUGGGGACCGUGGAGCUUUUGUUAUAAGCUAAAUAAAGUGCCCCAAAAUGAUGAACCAAGAGAUAAUGUGUGAAGUAGAGAUUGGGACACAUGGUGGUAUGGUAGAGAUAGAUGAUGACCAAGUGGGCGUUAAGUAUGAAGAGAUAGAAACAGGUCAAUAUGAAGAGUACAUAACAGAUGAUCAAUAUGAGGAGGUUGAGGAGCAGGUUAUUGGUAUGCAGCAUUUGGAGGAGGAUUAUAAAAUUUCAGUUGGCAAUGAAGAAGUGAUAUUGCCCGGCAUAUCAGGGGAGGAAGUCCUGCACCCUGUCGCUGACAACCCCUAUGAACAAGUGUACACCGCACCACCUUCUACAAGCAAUGCAAGAGUCCGAGGUCGCGGCCGUGUCAACACAAACAACGCGAAUACCAUCCAUCACCUGAUGCCCAUUGGUGAGGUGCCGAUGGGUCUGAUGGAGGGUGUGAACGCGAGCCGCAGCGCUACGCGGCGCUGGGAACAAAAACAAGUACAGAUUAAAACUAUGGAGGGAGAAUUUUCUGUCACUAUGUGGGCAACAGGCGAGGAUGAUGAUGAUGGAUCAAAUCCAGAGCCAGAUCCUGACUACACGGAGUAUAUGACGGGCAAGAAGACUGUUAUAGGCAAUGAGGCUAUGCCAGGUUUAGAUCUAUCAGACCCAAAGCAGUUGGCGGAGUUUGCGAGACCCGGACAUAAGUUAAGACUAAAGAAACCCCUGCCAGAGUCAUCUGAUAGAACUAUAGCGUGUCCACACAAGGGCUGUACCAAGAUGUUCCGCGACAACUCCGCCAUGAGGAAGCAUUUGCACACGCACGGACCCCGGGUACAUGUAUGCGCUGAGUGUGGAAAGGCAUUUGUGGAGAGUUCAAAGCUAAAGCGUCACCAGCUGGUGCACACGGGGGAGAAACCCUUCCAGUGCACAUUUGAGGGUUGUGGCAAGAGGUUUUCACUCGAUUUCAAUUUAAGAACUCACGUGCGCAUCCACACGGGCGACCGACCGUACGUGUGUCCAUUCGACGGCUGCAACAAGAAGUUCGCGCAGAGCACCAAUCUCAAGUCGCACAUACUCACACACGCCAAGGCCAAAUCAAGAAAUUCUUUAUCACGUAACGGCGGCGCGUCGUACGAGUCUGCGCGGACGACACCUCAGUAUGUGCAGCUGGAGGUGUCUCCGGAUGACUCCAACCCGCAGCUGAUCUUCUACACGCAUGAGUGAAAGUGAACUUAGUGAUGUGAUAAACACAAGUGAUUAGUGAAUUAUACCUCUCGUUGACACACCUGUAUAUAUACAGUGGCAUGCAUUUACAUUUGUGAAUAAAUGUCCAAUCGCAUAGUGAAUCUAAAAGACUGCGGAUAUAAUAGUGUGAUAGUGUAUAAAUAGGUUAUGUGAAGUUGUUAUGAAUUUUUUGUAGUCAUUUUCCUACGAAAGUUCCAAACGGCGGUAGACCUUAAAUUAAAUGGCCGCCUGAAUUGCUCUAGCUGUUAGUGAAAUGAUAAUUUUGCAAUGCCAUAGAUGAGUUGGAUGUUGGAUUUCUCUUGUAACACAUGCCUUGGUUAAAUAAUGAAUCUAACGAAUACUGUUAAGAUUAAAGCGCAGAAUAAAAAAAAUCUUAAUAAGUCCAGCUGUUAGGCCGAAAAAAAAAUUAUUUUACAUUACAAACAUUUUGUAACUAAAAAUAAAACUACAUCAAAUGAAAGAAAUGCCAAAUUAUCUAUACUCAAUAUUAUAACGAGGAAAGACUUUUUAUAUGUAUUAAAAGAAAACAAUUUUAUAUGUAUUAAAUUAACUCAAACUACUGAGUAACAUGGUCUUUUUUUCCUAUUUUUUCCCACAUGGAUUAAGUUGUGGGCAACAGCUAGUAAUCAAUAGAUUUCAUUAUUAACAUCUCUAAAACAGUGAUUUAUUAGAGUUUCUUUAUCAAAAGUUAUCCAACAUCUAAUUAAAAAAUUGGUCUGUCUUGGUUUUUAAACUUUUAGUAAUGAACAUGGUUCAUUUGAUGAAUUUAUAGUUUUAAAUAUGGCUUCAAGUGACAAAUAAUUAUCUGUCAAUGUCAAUAAUAACAAGUUGUGAUGAACGCACAUGUCCUUUGGUGCGGUGAUUAAAUUAAAUUUUUCAACUUUAGGUAAUCAUUGUCAAUGAUUUUCCUUAUGUUUUAUAUUAAGAUGUAGGCUUUGUAUCAAUUUUGGGGAACAAGUUAAGAUGCUAAAAUCGUUUUAUUAAUUCAAUUUAUAAAAAAUAAGGUUUAAUUGGUAGUCACUGGAAGCCUGUAACGAAUUUAAGAGUUAUCUCAUAUACCUUUUAUUGCUAUUAUAACAAUCAUAGUUUGACCAGGAAUAUAGAAAACCUUGCCAUUAUGCAUGAAAAUAUGGAAUUUAUAACAAAGCAAUUUAACAUUUGAUAACAAAGCCAAAAUUUUUAUAUUCCUGGUUACUCUAUUGAUGAUUUUUGUCAACUUAUAAAAUGUUCUAUGAUUUAUUUGCAGGAGACUUAUCAUUUUUGCUUUAAAAGUAAAAUACUAAUAACUACUACUAAUUUCUAUAAAAUUAUUUUUCUCUUAUUUUCAUUAGUCAUUUCAUUUUUAGUAUUUAAAUAUAAAAUAACUAAAACAAUACGCUUUGUUAUGUAUUUGGCCACAAAAAUGGAUAUGAAAAUUGUUAACUAUUAUGAUUAUGAGGAAUAAUUGAUAAUGUCAACAAUUUUGUAUACAUACUUGUGUCGCCGUGAUUGUACAUUUUGUACUAUAUAAAUGCCAAAAAGAAGAUGUUUUGUAUUAUAGAGUUAUAUAUAGAUUUUUUAAUUAAGGGGAGGUUCAUGCAGUCUUAAAAAUAAUUAUUUUCUUUGAUGAAUUUUGACGUUAACAAAUGUGGAUCUUAUACAUGUUGUAAGGAAUGUUUUGUUGUGUGCAGGUUUUAUUUUAGAAAGGUAAUGUAAGUUCUGAGGAAGGUUAUUUUGUUCCGAUGGAAGUUUUCCAUUGACUGAUUCUAUUUCACAUUGCAUAUGUUUCAGUGUUUAACUUAAAUCAUAUUAUUAAAUCCCGAAACAAACAAAAUCAAUGGAAUGAUUUUAUUUUAUUGUAAUAUUGCAAUGUGAUGAAAUAUUGUCAAGUGAAAUGACAAUCAAACGAAAAUAAAGUGUAAAUAUUUCU